AUGGCAUCCUUCAAGUAUCUUAUCAACUCUUUCAGCUGCUUCCAAGCUGCUACAAUCCUUGUGUUGUUGAUUGCCCUGAGCCUCUCAGUGCAUACUCAGAAGGCUGAUGCUCAGGGCGGCAGUUGCUCGGCCGAGCUGAGCAGCCUAAAUGUGUGUGCACCUUUUGUGGUGCCUGGCUCCACCAACACCAACCCGAGCUCUGAUUGUUGUAGCGCGCUCCAAGCCGUCCAUCCUGAAUGCAUUUGCAACGCCGUCAGGGUCGCCGCUCGCCUCCCCGCCCAGUGCAAUCUCUCCCCCCUCACUUGUGACACCAACUGAUGCGCUACUACGAUGCUGCCAAGGGCAUAAUGUUGAAGUUUCAUCAUUUUGCU